AUGAGUUGUUCUGCCUUACAGGAAAAAUGGUCGGAACUCUGCGAGCCGAAAAUGGCUCAAGCUUACAUUAGGAAGCGCUUCCCGAUUGUAACUUGGUUGCCGGAGUAUUCCCUGAGAACUUUACAAUGCGACUUGAUUGCAGGGUUGACUGUUGGUUUAAUGGUCGUUCCUCAAGGCCUAGCUUAUGCACAGCUCGCUGGUCUUCCCCCUCAGUAUGGACUGUAUUCGGCCUUUAUGGGGUGUUUUCUUUACUGUGUAUUUGGUACAAGUAGAGAUGUGACCCUUGGGCCAACAGCGAUUAUGUCACUGAUGGUAUCCGCAUACGGAAAGCCCGAAGUUCCUCAAUACACCAUCGCCCUGACCCUGUUUUCCGGAAUUAUUCUGCUGGGGAUGGGAGUUCUUCGUCUUGGGUUUGUCGUCAAUUUUAUUUCAAUUCCCAUCGUAUCUGGCUUCACAUCGUCCGCAGCUAUAAUCAUAGCCUUCAGUCAGCUGAAAGAUUUGUUGGGACUGGAAAAUAUUCCUCGCCUUUUCGCUAAGAAUGUCUACUACACGUUCAAGAAUAUAGGCCAGACUAAGAAAUACGAUAUAACUUUGGGUAUAAUUUGUAUUUUAUUUCUAGUAGCGCUUAGAAAAAUCGGCAAAUUACAAUGGACGACGCGGAAGGACGUGUCCGAUUCGAAAAGGACAAGAGCGGCAAAAAAAACAAUUUGGUUGAUUUCGAUCGGUCGGAACGUUCUUAUAAUCUUGAUCGCAGCUGUGGUGUCAUCUGUGUUCUACAAUCAUGGACACACAGACAUUUUCACCCUACCAGCUUAUAUAGAGCCUGGCUUGCCCCCAUUUCAGGUAUUUAUUUACAUGUCACAAUUUUUGUCUGGUUACAUUUUUAACUAUUUAUUUAACUGUGACACAUCAUUCAUUUCAAAAGUGUGCCUAAUAACAUUAUGAGUGGUGUUGAAAAAUAACUAGUACAACUGAAGGUUUGAUGAUUUUCUUUUGAAGGCAUUUUCAGUUUGAUUUUCUUCGAAUAUUCGGGAUGUCAUGCUUUGUAUGUGUAAUUUUUGCCACCGCUACACGUUUGAAUAAUAAUUACAUUUUGCCACGCUCUAAUUGGUGGGGGAAAUUAAGAAAUUCUUUCAAAAACUAAGUCACGACCAUGGCAACUAACAAACUCAGUUUACCGCCCACGUGUUUUUUAAUAUUGUCAUGUUUAUUUCAUGGUCAUAUGGUUAUAAGCUGUGGGCUUAUACAACUUCGUAAGGGGUGUUAGCAGGGCUUAUAAGGGGAGUGCCGGGGCUUAUAUCCUCAACGCUCGUGCGGGGGAGGAGCGUUGCGUGACAAGAAAAACGGCUGCGAGGGAGACUAAUAUCUGAGGGGACUUGUGACCGAAUAGAGCGCCAUAGCAGUGCUGAACAAAAUACGCUUUGCAUUUACUGGUGUUUAAACCUUCAAAACGUCAUGAUAAUUCAAAUUCAUUUCAGGACGUACAUUUGAAGGGUGUGGGGGGGUAUACCAGGGAGGGCUUAUAAUCAGAUGAAUUUUUGUGUUUAGAAGUAGAUGCGCCUACAUGCUACAACUGAGAGGGUUGGGCAUAUAAGUGGGAAGGGGGGGGCAUAAAAUGUUGUGUUUAGCUUUAGUUUGGUUAAAACACUACCACUCCCUGUCAAGGAAAGUCUUAUCCCCUGAUUAAAGCUCUGCACUAUAUUAACAUAAUAAAUACGAUAUAAAGUACAUCAUGCAAACUUUCUCACAGAUUGUUGAGAUGUAUAACCCCUUCAUCUGUGCGCUGGGCUUGUUUUUUCCUGAUGAUAUCCCAGUUACCCAGGGGGGAGGGGUGGUGGGGUAAACCUUCAUCUGGAUCAACAGCCCACAAACUAAGCAAGCAAUUCCGUCACAGUUACUGAGUCUAUUUGACAUUAUAAAAUUAUAAAUUUGUUUUUCCAUGAAACACUUACAGGAUCUUGUUCUCAAAGCAAUUAGGAUCUAGAUCUUGUUCUAGCAGUGCUGCUUAAAUAAUAAUAAUUUAUAGAAAGUACAAGUCCUGCUUUUUCACAAAGAUGAAAACAACAGUACACAGUAUAUUUUAGUUCUUUUUCUCAUGGAAAUGGAAGCUUGACUCCACAUGGGUGCUCAUCAGUACUUACUGCUCGAUAUGAAAUAAAAUUAAUAUUUAAGAAAUCCAAAACUAUGUGUUAUUAUUAUUACUAUUAUUAUUAUUAUUUUAUUAUACUUCAACAUUUUCGUCUCGGAUUUUUGCAAGUUUUUUUUCUAAUUAUUAUGCAUAACUGCAAUGAGGUAGGCAGAUAGAGGAUGUGACAUCACAAUAUUUUUUGCGCAGUUUCGUGCAAAAUGUAUUUUUUAUACCCAUGAAGGUAGAAGUCUUACUAAGGUUCUGUUAAAUGCUAGCUGUGUUUACACAAUCUUGUACACACAUCACUAAAAAAUACAGCUAAAUUCUAGGGUAACAAUCAACUAAUUUUUUUUCAGUCUUCUCUAUGCCCAAUGUGCUGCAACAAAACUUAACUGUUUUAAAAAGCCAAACUGAUUUCCCAGACAAGAACCUGCUUUUAUAGGCUCAACAGGUUCUUAUAAAAUGGGAGUUUAGAUGCCUUCAGGUCCGGGUUUUUCUAAGCAGGGUUAAGAUGACCCAGCAUAUUCAAGUCAAUUCUUUACACUUACAAUUGAUUAUUUGAUUUGUGGGACCUUAGUACAAUGGCUGGUUAAAAUUAAAGCAGACAAUGCUUGAAACAAACAAAGAAAAGGAACUUGGAGUACAUUAACCCUAGCUUCCUAAGCAGGCGUUAUUUCGGCUCAUCUAAGAACAUCUGAGUGGGGAGUUAGGUAAAAUAACCCCGGUUUCAUGAUAACCAGCCGCCCAGGUUCUUAACCAAUAGGUUACUCUACUGUAGGAGGCUUUUAUUUUACUUCAUUAAAGACUGUUUGGUAUAUUUACCUAUAGGUCCCUGCCCUAAGCUUUGAAGUUGAUAAUGCUACCUUGUCUGCAUCUGAAGUACUCAAAGACCUUGGACCAGGGCUGGUGGUGGUUCCAUUAAUUGGUUUUCUUGAGAGCAUUGCAAUUGCUAAGGCCUUUGCACGUAAAAAUCGCUACUCUGUCGAUGCCAGUCAGGAGUUGAUUGCACUUGGUAUUGCCAACUGUGUCAGCUCAUUUGUAUCAUCCUACCCAGUAACUGGAAGCUUCUCCAGGACAGCUGUUAAUGCCCAAAGUGGCGUGGCCACCCCUGCAGGAGGUAUAGAAAUUUAACAGUUAAAAAUAUCAUAGGUGAAAAAUUACUCCUUACAUGUAAUGUUAGUGAUUAACUUCAGCUUUAAUUUGUAAAUUGAUAUGUGAAAUUACAAAAUUGCUUUCAUAGCAAUUUUCAGUGCCAAGAUGGCAUUUAGGUUAAAAGAUGUAAGUUAUAAGUAAAGAUGUCAGAGCAUCAAAAGAUGCUGUAGAACACCUAAAUGCACAUAUUAAAUGGUGAUAACUACAAACUUAGUUUUUAAAUUCAUGACAAACAAGCAAUUCAUUUGUGCAAACAAAGGGUUGUCCAUAUACUUUUAUCAAAACACUCUCUUCUAAAACAAUAGUAUAACAAUAGUCAUGUAGUUAGCCUUUGAAUACAGCCAUAUGUCUCAUCUUCUCACUGCUGUCCCUUCUGGUGAUGAGCAAGGAGAGAAAGUUGUCUGUAUUAAAUAAUAUUGCAAGCUUUUUUGGACUACUGGUUCUCAUUUUCUAUUAGAUACCAAUGCACAUAGUGCUGAGUUGACUUCAUGUUUGUGACUCAUGUAAAACUCAAAAUACAGCAAUAUCAGAUACACCUGAUUGAAAAAACGUUGUUGUUUGAAAAGUAUAAACCAUGAACGAUGAGACCUAAUGGAUUUAUGGGUACAACUUCAUUAGCAUUGCAAAUUUAAAGUGCUUCUAAUAAAUGUUUACAUUUAUGAAGCUUUUCACGACGAUGCAUUCCAGAAAACGGUUUCCAGUAUUUAUGGCUCACAACUUCACUAGUGCUGGACACAUAAGAGAUUUCUACAGUUAAAGAGCGUAGCUAUAUCGCCAACACACACUUGAAAAUCAUAAGAUAGGGCCUACAAGUGUUCUAGGAAGACAAAAAAAGACAACAGCAUGCCUUAAACAAAGUACUCUAGGGAUUUGCAUCCGCACGAGCAUCUCAUGACAAUGUAAACUUUUGUCAAAAGAACUUUGAAUUUGCCUUGCUAAUGAACGUAUACCCACAAAUCCUUGAAACCACAUCGUUCAUGGUUUACACUUUUUAGCGACAACAUUUUUUCAAUCAGGUAUAUACAGUGGUGUUCAUCAGUACUAUUUUUAUUAUUUUCAUUUUAGGUAUUUUUACUGGAGCUAUAGUCCUAUUAGCCCUUGGUGUUCUCACCCCAUCCUUUAAGUAUAUACCAAAAGCAUCCCUGGCUGCCCUGAUCAUGUCUUCCGUUGUCACCAUGAUUGAGUAUCAUAUUCUUCCCAAUAUCUGGAAAGUACGUCGCAUUGACCUGGUCCCACUGAUCAUCACAUUCUUUGGUUGCUUCUAUGACAUUGAAGUGGGAAUCUUAUCUGGCAUUGGUGUCGCACUGUGCAUUCUUCUUUACCGUACUAUCUGGCCGGCUGUGACUGUUAUUUCCCAAGGAGACUUCAUUCUGUUGAAGAUCAAUGGUAAUCUUAAUUAUCCUGGAGUUGAACAUGUAGUCAGUGAGAUUCAAGCCGCCUCAGAUACCGACCCCCCACCACCUGGCAUUGUAAUUGAUUUCUCUGUGGUCACAAGCAUUGAUUUUACAGUAGCACAAGCUCUUAUAACUGUCCUCGAGGAAAUGGAUGCCAAGAGAGUUCCUCUGUUCUUUUCUGGUGUAUGUGAUGCUGUGGCUGAUGUGAUGAUCAAAUCUGGUAUUGAACCUGGAAUAAUUAAUCAAGGCACGCAAUCUGUUAUUGAUACUAUUAGUUCACUAGAAAUCGUUUCAGCAAAGUAGCCUUAGUUAUCAAUUUUACAUACUGCUGUGCGCUUUCAUCAUAAGCAGUGAGUUUGUUAAGAAAAAUAACAGAUUUAGCAAUCGAAUUGCAAGGCCCCAAAGUAAAGAGCCUGUCGUUUCCACUGACAUCGUUGCCAUUUUUGCAUAUUACUGUUGACUGAGAAUUUAAAGUCAACGUAUGUUUCUGUAGCAUAAAUUGACAGGUCUCAGUUUCAUAUAACCUAGCUCGCCUUUGCUAAAUCUAUCGUUAGUUUUAAAGCCUUCCCAAAAGCAAAAGGGAGUUAUGUUCACUGCCUUUAUUUUCUUUUUUUCUAAGAGAGAACAAUUCCACAGAUCAAUUUAAUACAAGUGUAGCUAUUGUUUUAGAGUAUGAAAACAAUAGUCACACUUGUAAAAGUUUUUUCAAACUGGCCCCUGCCUUAGUCAGUUUGGUGCUGUCUUUAUCAUGUUUUAAAAUUAGAUCCUUUCUUUGAAGCAAUUUCUGAACAACCUGAGCUAUUAGACAGGGCUGUGCUCUAGCAGAGCCUGGUGGCCCCUGGUGCCCAACUUUUGCUCUCAGGUGACUAGAAAAUCUGAGAUUUUUCAUACAUAUCACAUGCUGGGCACCCUAGAUUUUACAGGUUCCCAGCACUGGGCUCCCGUCAAUUUUCCUUAGAGCAGAGCCGUGUUAGAGUUGAGCAUUUAGAGGCACGAAGAUUGCAGGAAGACUGAUUUCUGCCAUAUUAUUUUGCUAGUACAACAAUUCACACGUGCUCAAGGCAAUUUUUAUCCAUCUGCAAAAAGAUAGUCUUUGGCAUUAAUUUCGUCUUGACACCAUGUCUGACCAGAGGAAAGAUUUCAUCAGACAUGGACAGCAAAUGGCAAGUGCCAGUUUGUACCAUGUGAUCAAGUUUUCCCUUGUUGUUUACUGUUUAUUAUGUCUACACAGAAAUUUAUUAUUGUUACUUCCAGCUUUUCAUAAACAAAGAGUAAAAUUACAGGAGUUUUUAACAAAAUACAAUAUAGCGUAAAAAACAAAAAAAAAAUGGUUGAAUGAAACUUUACAUUUUGGGUGAAUUAUUUGCAUUUAUUGGUACUAAGAAUUAAUACUAUUUUUAAAGAAAAUCGUAGCUUUCCUUUACCACUCUGGUAAGUUGUCUAGGAAGCAAUUCAUCCAUUUAUAGACAUACAGUCAACUCUCUCAUAGUGACCACUUCUCGUAAGCGACCACCUCCCGUAAGAGACCACUUUGCAAAUAAACUGUUUUGUUGCUGUUUUGUUUUGUUUCUCAGUCAAACACUGUUUCAAAUACUCUCUCGUAAGAGACCACUAUUAAAUUUCUUAAAAGACCGUGACCACUUUUGGGCCAGAAAUUUGACAUAUUCUUUUGUUUUCUGUUUCCAGUAAGCGACCACCGGACAUGAUCACAUAUGAUUGUAACAAAACCGUUGCUCGAAUGUCACAAAAGUUCAUUUUUGAAAAGUGCAGCCAAGUUAGCUGACAGAUUAUAGCAGUCGACUUACAAAAAAUAUGUCUGUAAUACGAUCUGUAGGUAAAAAAGUGGAUUGUCACAUUCAUGCAUUAUCAUGUUACAUACAAAGUUUCAUCAGCUCCAAGCACUAUUCGAGUUAAACAUUAUCAGCAGCAGCAUAAUUAGGUUAAUCAGUUCAGUUUGAGUUUUUUUCUUAAUUUUUCCCAUAGAUGACCACCUCCCGUAAGCGACCACUUUGCCGUGCACCAAGUGUGGUCGCUUAUGAGAGAGUUGACUGUAUUAGCGUGUCAGUGUGUCACUAUACACUAUACAGGACAUAGAUUUGGGUAGUAAUCUAUCCCUUCCGGAAUAAAUUUAAUAGCAAAAUAUAUCUACAUAAAUACAAACAAAGUAAUUUAUAUAUUGUUAUUGUUAAAUUUAUUUUGAGAUUAUAUUCUUCUUAAUUUAAAAUUCAACAACAAGUGAACAGUUAAAUUAUGUAAGAUAUGAACUGAAAAGGAAAUCUGCUAUGUAGCAAUUAGUACAUUGCCGAUGCAGAUUAAGCUAAGAAAGAUACAAUUAUUAAUUGGACUGCAAAUGGUUUGGUAGAGUGGACUGACAAAUUUUGAACUGGAAGAAAAAUAUCUAAGAAGUUCAGUUAGUGUUUUUAAAAUGGGGUAUGAUGAACAGUACUGUUAUCGUCAGUAAGUUUUUAUAUUAAUCCAUCAAUAUUUUGUGACUCUAUACUUUACAAAUAAUAUUCAGCGUGCAAAGAAAGUAGUGUCUGAUAGCCCGGGGCUAGUGGAUUUUGCUAUCGGGCUAGUGAAUUUUGUUCUUAACUUGCCCGACGUGCUAGUGAAGUGAAAUCAAUUCUCCUCAUCAAAAUGUUUUUGGAACAUGCUAGCUUCAGCUUGCCCGAAUGGCAAGCUUUAAAAAUGAUUUCUUUGCACUCUGAUAUUACAAAGUAAACAUUUCCAAGUAAAUGAGGUGAAUUAUAAGUUUGUUUCAGGAGAUAUUUUUGGUAGAACAGUAAAGGCUAAUUUUAUG